AUGAGUCUCUGUGGUCGUCAAAAGGUCGUUCGACGUAAGAUGGUGCUAUUAGGGGACGGCGCUUGCGGCAAGACCUCCGCUCUGAAUGUCUUCACCAGAGGAUACUUUCCUACGGUCUAUGAGCCUACUGUAUUCGAGAAUUACGUGCAUGAUAUCUUUGUGGACAAUGUACACAUGGAAUUGUCGCUAUGGGAUACGGCCGGCCAGGAAGAAUUUGACCGACUGCGCGCGCUAUCAUACGAGGACACACACGUGAUUAUGCUUUGUUUCAGCGUUGACAGUCGCGAUUCGUUUGAGAACGUGGCGAGCAAAUGGAUUGAAGAGAUCUCGGAGAACUGCGCCGGCGUCAAAUUGGUGCUUACUGCCCUCAAGUGUGAUCUGAGAAAGGAUGAGUUCCUCAACGACAACCCGAACGCGAUCACCUACGAAGAAGGACUGGCGAAAGCCAAGGAAAUCGGUGCUGUGAAAUACCUGGAGUGCUCCGCCGUGCAAAAUCGUGGUAUCAUGGAAACAUUCUACGAAGCUGCAAAGGUCGCCCUGGAAGUCAGAACUCAGGGCUCUAACGGAUCCGGCGAACGGUGUGUCAUUCUCUAG